CCGUUGCAUAGGAUUUCAAAAUUCAAAAAAGAAGGAAAGAGGUCGCCGGCCGUUGCCCAAGCUCCCCCCUCUGUCAAUGGCCGCGGAAGGAGCGAGAGCGGCGCAGAGAAGAGCCCUCGCCGCCUUCCCAGGUCCCAGAAGACGUGAUCUCGGAUAUCCUCCCAUCGCUGACGCCCAAAUACGCCCUCCGCUCCCGCGCCGUCUGUGAGCGUCUGGCUCUGGCUCCGGCUCGCCGCCGACCGCUAGAUCCCCCUCGCUCACCACCUCCGCUAGCCGCCCCACCCCCUGCUCCUCUCCUACUGCGAGGCCCCCAAGCCAGCGCGCCUCUCCAACUGCUUCGAGCUCGAGCUCGAGGCCGUCGGGCUCACCACCGGCAAGCGUCGGUUGGUCGUGCGCUUCAUCGGCGGACGGCCUCGCCUCGCCUCGCCUACGGAGUCCGCGAGGUGCGACGGCAUCCUCAGCGUCCUCUACGCCUUCUUCGUCUGCAAACCCGCCACGCGCCGGUACGCUCCCCUCCCGCCGCCCCGUGGCCCGUGGGAAUGCCGGGUCGUGUCCUGUGCCGCCGAGACCAACACGGCGGGCUCCCACCGGCCAUCUCAGCUGGCCAGGGGCGUCGAGCGCGCCGUCGUCUGCACUGGACUACUGGAGUGGACGAGGUGGCGUUGGCGGAAGGCGUGGAGCGCGCGCGCCUGCACCAACCCGCCCGGUCCUUACUUGUACACGGCACGGCAGCCUGCAGUCCUGCACUGCACUGGGCGCCAAGCCGGUGUUGGACAGUCGACACAGCUGCUCAUCUCCGGCUCAUGGUCAUGGAGGAGCACGAUGCAAUGCCAUGCUCUGCCCUAGGGGCUGUGGCGAUUGUGUCUGAGGACAAUAAGGUGAAAUUACAGUACAGCCGUCUCUCUGUUCUGAUGGCUGCCGCAGCCUGCUAUUCAGUUGGCCCGCGAUCAGAGACAGGCACGGGAGGAACUCCCCAACAACGCAAUCACUUGACGGGGCGAGCUCCCCCUCCCCAUCGAUUUCCCCAACAACUACAGGGCGAGCUCCCCCUCCCCCUCGAUUUCCCCACAGCGCACGCAGUUGACGGGACGACACGAACCCGAGCGAGCACCAAGAACAAGGAAUCCGUCCUGGUGCCCCAGCAGCGCAGGCCCUUGGCGGGAUGACGAGAACCGGAUCAAGCGCCAAGAACAAGGAAUCCGUCCAGACGGAGAUCGACAUGGAAUCAAAGGGGUCGUCAAGGGCGGCGGGGCACAUCGCUGACCUCCCCGAGCAGAUUUGGUGGGCAAUCCUCGAGCGACUCCCGCCCAAGUCAGUCCUGCGAUUUCGUGCUGUCUGCAAAUCUUGGCUCAACUGCAUCAGCAACAACAAUUUCCUCGAAGAAUACCAUGGGCGCCAAAAGCCACAGCACCUGAUCGUCCCAGUGGAUCCAGACAACACCAAGCAUAAGAGGAGUCACCGUGUAGAUGCUGUUGAUUUCGAGCACCCCGAGGAUGGUGUCCGUUCCAUAAUCUGCUUCACCAGCUUUGGACUAUUUGAGGGCUUUGAUCCAGAUGAAGAAGCCGCAGAGUAUCUAAUGUCUGCCGUACAAGGCUCAAUUGGAGGCCUCCUCCUCGUCUCCUUCGAGCACCGGUCCUACAUAUGCAAUCCAGGUACAAAAGAAUCACGCCGCCUCCCACAGCUGGAUGACCAUGAAGUCUUGGGACUUUACAUGCUGGGUGAUGAGUUUAGGGUCCUCUAUCUGAAGGAAGAUGAGGAGGGUGAUGAUGAAUUUUUCGUCCUGUCAGUGCAUCAAUUUCUUAGCAAUAAAUCCAUUGGGUACUGCCCUGUGUCGCCCGCGGCGAAUCAGCGAGAAAAUGGACACAAGAAGCUGCGGUUCAGCCUGCAGAGUUCGGCAAUUGAGCCGCCUGCCAUGGUCGGGGCCAACCUGUAUUGGGCACCGACGGAGCUGUGGCCAGACAUUACAGUUUUUGAUUGCCAGUCUGAGCUUUUUCACUGGAUGAAGCUUCCCAAGACCAAGGAGCUCAUCAAGAGCAACGACAGCAAGACGAUGAAGGUUCUCGAGUUGGACGGCGAGUUGGGGUUGUCUCUUCACAGGAGGGGUGAAUCAAGUGUUGAGCUAUGGGUAUUAGAUUCUCUGAAGAUGUGGGAGCUCAAACACAGUAUUCAGUUGCCGGUUGCAGAUAUCACUGGCUUUGGAGCACAUACCUGGGAUCCCUUUCUUAUGUCCAUGGAUGGAGGUGUGAUCGUAAGGUGCGUGUCCCAGGGCCAGGGCCAGGGCCAGGGAGGGGACGGCCAACAAGGCACUCAGGCGCUCCUGUACUGCAACAGAGACGGAGAGCUAGCGCCUGGGCCACUGUUCGUAGGCGAUUUGGCUGCGCCUGCCAUACACCUAUUCAAGCAAAGCAUUAGGCGAUAUGCCCUGUUCCAGGGGCAUCAGCAAGAUGCUACGUCUCCCUUGUCACUCUUCCGGGACCUCUAGAUCAGAGAGAUUCAGCCUGCUGCCAGGUGAUUUGCUUGCACCUGCUCCAGGAAAGUAUUAUGCGACAUGAUAUGUUUCCAGGUGCAUAAGGAGGAGGAUGCUGUUUCACCACUGCUUCAGGAUUUGCAGAUCACAGCUCCUACUUGUCGUGCUUUCUUGUAUAUUGGGCCUUCUGAUGCUGGUGGCUCACCACUGUUCCAAGAUCUGUAGAUUAGAGCUUGUGCCUGUCGAUGUAUUUUUUGGAGAAUGACCCUGCACAUGGUUUCCCUUAUGAAUAUCCCUGUAUUAUAAUUGCAACGUCUAGUGUUGACAUUCAAACUGAUUAGCUUUUCUUAUCAAGGUUCAGACUUCAAAAA